AUCGGAGUGAGUGCAACGCGCCAAUUCGAAAAAUGGCCGGGAGUGGCCGAGCGCUACGAUGAAAACUGCUACAAGCCUGCAUUGUCCAUCUAUACCCACGCUGGUGAGUGAGGGCCAUGGCCCACGAAGAAAAUGGACGCAGUUCCGACUCCCGUGAGCCGCGCAAAGCUGAUCAAACUGCUCUAUAAUAUCGCUGUCUCGCUCGGGAUCACUUUCUCCUUCGGCCAAAGAGUUGUCAAUUAUUUCGACGAUGUGGACGGGUCCGCGGCCGGCGUGUUGACAGCUUCAGGAGCUCGGCACAAGGCAGAGCUUGUUGUUGCCGCAGAUGGUGUUGGUUCCAAGUCAUCCAAGUUAAUCUUGGGAAAUGACUCCCGGCCGAAGAGCAGUGGCUUUGCUGUCUACCGUGUUGCUUUCCCUACUGCGAUUGCCCAUCGGGAUAAAGAAGUUGCCAAUAACUUCCCAGCCCCAACCGAUGGAAGCGACGAUACUCGAAUCUUUGACUAA